GAAAUAUUGCAGUGGGUAAUGCAACAGUCAGGAGCAGCAGACACAGUGAGCGGUUUGAUAAAGAGCUGCAGACGACAGACUGCAUCCUUCCACCUCCUCAGACAGACAGAGUGGCGAGCUGUUAUCCAAACUUCAGUUGACUUGUUGUGGAGGAUCUAAAAGCCAGUGGGAAAUUCCAUAACUUUGUUAUUGACCCCUUCACCUCCAUGACAGACAGGAGAAUGGCCUUCCUUUUCAAAUAGGGAGGCAAACGUAUGUGCAACAGUGCCGAUGGUCUUCAACCUGAAGAAACGCCACCUGUCACCGGAGGAGGAUGACAGCCCUGCCAUCAGAGAAUCGAAGAAAACCCUCAUCACGGAGAUCGAGCAGAUGGCAACUGUUUGGAGCCCAGCAGCAUCUACCUCCUUUCUUCAGCGCUAGACCAAGCAACUGAAAUUCCUUGACAAUGAAAAGAAGGACCUCGUUUAUAUUGAGGACGACUGAAGCUACAGACGCUGAGAAGGAAGAAGAGAAGAUCGUUCUGCAGCAGGUAAUCAUCAUCUUCAACAUCUGCAUCAUCUCCACCAUGAAGACGCUGACUCUGUCUGCACUUCUUUGUGCCAUGAUGGCUCUGACCAGAGCUGCUGCUCUUCCAGAUGCAGAGGAUGGACCUGGGACAGAGGGAACUGUUGUCCAAGCUCUUCCAGACUCAGAGGCCGGAAACUGGACCAACUCGCUCACAACAGGAGAGAGUCAUGUUGUCAUAAAUUCCACGUCUUGUCCCGAGGGUUGGACUGCUUUCAACAGUCGCUGUUUCCUCUACGUUCCACGAUCCCUGAGUUGGGCUGUGGCUGAGAAAAACUGUAUGUCCAUGGGUGGACACCUUGCAUCUGUACACAACAUCGAGGAGUACCAUCAGAUUCAGACGAUGAUCUUGAGCGCCACUCAUUAUCAAAGAGAAGCAUGGAUUGGAGGGUCUGAUGCACAACAGAACCAAUGUUGGUUCUGGAGUGACGGUACUCUUUAUGACUUCACCAACUGGUGUCCUGGAGAGCCUAGUAACGGUAGAGGUCAUCAGAACUGUCUGCAAAUGAAUUAUUCAGAUCAGAAGUGCUGGGAUGACACUUGGUGUGAUGUUCACCUCCCGUAUGUCUGUGCCAGAAACGUCUGAUAAAAGCAUGGAUAACGUGUCAAAAGCACAGACACUGAUCAAUUUCUGUUUGUGUGUCUGCGAGCAAACUUGUCUGUCUUUACGCCACAAGUCUCGUAUUUGACCUGAAGGCUCUAUAUCUCAUUUCACAUCUUUAUUUCUUCUCUAUCGCUGUAACGCUACUAAAGGAAUGAAGUGACAAGUGACAUAAACAGCAGCUGGAUUGUCUCUGUCUCUUAAAUACGAGCAGACUGAAUGUGUAAUGAAAAGUAAGCUUUUAGCACAACUUUAUUCUGCAGAGUGAACUGUUCUUUCUUCUCUUAUGCAAAAUUAAAAAUCUCAAGAAGCAUUGAAACAAGCUGGUCUGUGUUAUAUCUCCUGUUUGUUCGGGUACAAUAAAUAGACAGGUAUAUGAAAUAGAUCUCAAAGAGCUUCAGCUACAAUACUGUUAAAUAAUACUGUUCAUUAUAAUUGUUGGGGCACCUAGUGAAAAUGUCCAUCCAAUAAAACCUAAUGAGAGAUGGUACAAGAGGGAUGUGAUCCAAACCUGUAAUGAAUCUUGAUAUUAAAAGUUUCUGAAAGUGUCCGACAGCAUUUGGUUCAGUUCAAACCUCCUGAUGUGUUCUGGACAAAUAAAAU